AUGGGAAGCGCCGCGUCAACCCGCAAUCGCCAGCGCAAGCAGGGUUGCGAACGGCUGGGCAUCACAAUUCUGCAGCUUGAAGAGGUGGAUGCUGUUGUGCAAGACCGCUGUCAGAAGGAAUGCUGGCCACAGGUGACCAAGUCCAAGCCCUCCGUGCAGCAGGUCGUGAGAAACUUUGUAAAACCAGAGAUCAAAGGCAAGAAGCGCAGCUAUGUCGAAAUCAAAUUCGAGGACAGGGUGAGCCCUCCUAGCUGGUUUUCGUGUCAUCCUUGGUCCAUCAGCCACGCUUCUUUGGUGUUGGGUCUGCGGCACUUGCUUGACAGACAUGGUGAGACCGAUGCGACUUCUGUUUGGGUCGCAGCUUACUGCUUGUAUCAGCAUGAUGAAGUAUCUCAUGCCCCUGACGUGGUUCUCCCGGCCGUUUUUGGGUCGAGGCACCUAUGCGACAUUGCAGUGCACAUCGAUUCACAGCGUGAAAUCUGGAGACGGAUGUGGUGCCUUUCCGAGAUCCUCGCCUCCGCAACUCACGGGGGUGAAGCGAUGCAUGUGAGCUUCGUUGCAGUGGAGGAGUCCAAGAGCGGCGAGACGACCGCGUGCUCUUUGUCUGACCAUCCCGUGGCGGUCACUGAGUCGGAGAGCGAGCGAAGAUCACGUGAUGCCAGGUUUCCACUGAGCGCCUUUGCGCUGAACCGGCCGAUUGCCAUCGACACAAGUUGCGCGACCCUCCAAGAGGACGAAGAGGCGAUCUUGCGCCAGAUCAUCAAGGAGAGCGGAGAAGGCAACAGUGGCUCGCACGCCUCUCGAAGCCCAAGCUCUCCAAAGCAACACCCGGCCUACCUCAAGGCGAAUACACUGCUGCGGGUCAAGAUCGAAGCCGCAGCCAUGCGAGUCGCUGUACUCGCCCAGGACGAGAAGAUGCAGGGCGCCCUCUUGCGAGGCGCCCAAAACAACGAGACACUUCGGGGCGAGCUGAAGCAAGCCAUUGAGCAAGCCCAGAGCCUCCUCGCUGACCCCUCGCCGCCCAAACGCGCGCCGGCGCCAGCGCCGACGGUGGAGGAGCUGCAGAUCUUGGGGCAAGGUCCGGCGGCGGAGGACCUUGAGCGCUCAACGAGUUCCAAGCUCCUGGGGGCACGCCUGGGAUACUUGUUGGAAGGCUUUCCUCUGCAAGCUCAGCGAAGCACAGGUCAAGAAGAUCCGACGUUUCAUGAGAUGAGCAAGACGCUAGCCUUGAACAAAACUGGCCUGGGGUAUAACAAGCUGUGCCCUCGUGAUGGGAGACUUCAUUGCAGCGUUGUAGAUGCACUGGCCGCCGGUGACGCGCGGAGAGCUUCACACUUCUUAUCCUGGUGCUGGGAUUAUCGCUUGCAGAUGUAUCUACAAACCUGGACGCAGUGGCGUUCACAGCAUCAUGCGGAGGCCUUCAUUUGGCAGUGCUUCUUCUGCAACAACCAGUAUCGCCUCCAAGAAGGCCAGCAAGUGACGGAUGAAAGCCUCGGCGACAUCUUUCAAACCCGCCUGCUUGACAUCCAGCAGAUGGUGGUGAUGCUUGAUAAGUUCAUGCAGCCCAAGUACCUCGAACGUGUGUGGUGUGUCUACGAGAUGUACACGGCAGCCGCGAAUUCCGACAGAGUUACCGUGGACAUCAUGUUGCCGCCCGACCAGGCUGCGGACAUCCGGACGAAGAUCGCCUCUGGUGUCUGGGAUGACAUUCGCAAGAAGUUCCAGGAAGUCAAUGUGGAGCAUGCCAAGGCCCGGGUGCAGCGGGACGAAGACAUGGUCAAAGAGCACAUCAAGAAAGGUGCCGGGUUCGAUGCGGUGAAUGCGAAAGUGCGCGAGAAGAUGAUGGCAUGGGUUCUCAAGCAAGUGGAGAUGUUCUUGCUGGAGGAUGGCAAAGUCCGAAGUGGGGCAGACUUUUUGCGCACUGCUGGGCUUGCUGACUACAUCGACAAGCUGGAGGAGCAGGGAAUCUGCACUUUUGAAGAUCUUGAGGACUUAGAGGAUGCAGACUUGGCCGCCAUCGGCUUCGAUCCGGCCGCGCGCGAGCGUCUCCUGCAAGUGGUGAAGAUGGGGCCGUCUGCGAGGGAGGAGACCGACUUCAAGGACAAGCUGCGGAUGUUGGGCUUAACAGCAGAUGUCUUCGAGGGUCUUUCUGAGGACGAGGUCAUGCGAAACAGGAACAUGGAGGAGAGGCUGCCAACCUUGGGAGACAAGAAGAAGUUCCGCAAGUGGCGUCAGUCCUGCUUGACGGGCGAGGCCGUUGUGGAGGAGCUGGUGGCUUUGGACAUGCUUGUUGAGCGAGGCCCGGACUGGUGUUACGACGGUGACAGCGACGAUGACAUGACUCCCGAAGAUGGGGGGCCUCAAGGUGUUGGCAAAGUGGUGGCCUGGUGUUCUGCUUCGGGGGAGGCCUUCGGACCUGUUGCUCCAAGGCCUGGAUGGGUCAAGGUGCACUGGCAAGUCACGGGACGCAAGCGGAGCUAUCGAAUGGGGACGCCGGAGCGUUCAGCAGAGCUCGUUUUCGCCGCAGCCAUCGCCGAUGCCCAAGCUGCACGAGCCCUCUCAGAGGUUCCAAAGGGUGAGAUUCAGCUGCACCACCUGCGUUGUGGCUUUGGCUAUCGCUGCGGCACGAGGUUCUCCCACUAUGCCCUGUUUGACAAUCGCAUGGAGGCAUGUGAGAAGGUGGCUGCAUUCAAGCCAGGCGAUGUCGUGGAAGACAAAGAUGGGGACAGAGCCACGUGCGUUGGCUUGAAGUAUCGCGCAGAUGCCAAAAAAGUGGACAUGUGGUUCCACUGCAAUGGCAGAGACGGCGCAGGCCUGUUUACGCACGCAAGUCAUGACCGUUGUCUUCGCAAAGUUGCGCACAAGCGCCUGCAAGAGGUGAGCCGAGAUGAUGCCGAAGGUGCUUCAGAUGGUGAGAUAGAUCAUGAUGAGCGUGAAUGGGUCGGUCAGAACCUGAAACCUACGCUGAAAUACCUAUCGAAAUCCGGGCAAGUGCUCCACUUCGACGUUCGUGACGAGAUGGUUCGAUGCUUCCGUAUGCCUUUCAGGUCUGGUGACAUAUUGGUCGACAAGGCGGACGGCGAGCGGAUGACUUGCAUCGGCGUCGCGAGCGAUCCCAUGCGGCAGCUGGCCGCGCGCCAAAGAGGAGGUCGGAGGGUCCCCGGCAGUGUGGCCGAAGUGUGGUUCCACGUGGAGUCCUCGGAGGGCGCGGGGCUGAAUCCCAAAAUGCACAAGAUGCUGAGUCGAUUCAAAGUGGUCGACAACCGGCCUGUCUUGGAACAUGUGGCGCUUGGGAGCUCAGAUGCGUGGGACAUGGAAACUGCUUUGGGCUUGCUGGCCAGCCUGGAUGGUGGAUUGCAGUGUGACUUCAGCUUUCCCAGAGGUGCCGGGGAGAAUGCCACACCCGACUUCUUUGAUGUGCGACCCGAGCUUGUUUACAACGUGGUCGGCUUCCGGCCCGGAGAUGUCUUGACCAUUCGCGGAGGCCCGCCCGGCACUCGCUUGACCCUGAUUGGUCUCCGUCCAGACCCCGACACUGGUGAGAUCUCGGUUUGGUGGCAUCAUGAAGACUUUCAGUGCGUCCAUGCCGGAGCUGGCAAGAUUCCUGGUUGGGAGCACAUGCGGCAGAUGAUGCGAGACACAGGUGAGAAAGUGAACCUUGAGGAGUUGAAAGAGCGGAUACGCAGCCGAAGGGGGCGAGGUGAACAGGGCCAUGGUGAUCUCCCGGAAAUGCUUUCGCAGCUGUCAGCACAGCUUUCGCCAGCCGACCUUCAACAGCUCAUGGGGGCGUUGAUGCGCUAA